CAGAUUACCUGCCCCUAGGCGUGACACUUGGACCCAGAGGGACACAGACAGACACCCCGGUCUGCAGUUGGUGUAGCAGAGAGAGAACAUGGCAUUGUCAUUUAAGAAAGACCUGGAGAAGUACAAGGAGAUUGACGAGGAUGAGAUCCUUAACAACCUGUCAGAGCAGGAACUCAAACAACUGGAGACUGCCCUGGAGGAGAUGGACCCAGAGAAUGCAUUGCUGCCAGCGUCGAUGCGUCAGAAGGACCACACAGUGAAAGCAGCCACCGGCCCCUACAGCCGAGAGAAACUACUCAGUUUUCUGGAGAAGGAGGCCCUGGAGUAUAAAGACAGAGAUGAUGUGGUGUCUUUCUCUGGAGAGAGGAAAGGCAAGGCAUUUGUUCCCAAGCAGCGGCCCAUCGAGUCUCGUCAGGAAGAGGUAACGACUGACCCGGAACUAGAAGAGGCCCUGUCCAGUGCUACCGACACUGAACUCUGUGACCUGGCAGCCAUCCUAGGUGUCCAUACCCUGGUGACCAGCACCCAGAGCUACGAUGGAACCAGCAGUAAAGACGGAGGAUACAACA